UCUUCCCCCAAUCAUCCUUUUCAGUGCUUCUCAAUCGCAAGCAACCAUGGCCUUCAGGAACGGGUCCUUCGCGACCUUCCUGAUCGUGUGUCCCGUCAGCUUCUUCCUGGGCAUCAUCUUCUCCCUCUUCCCCUAUGACUACCCCAUCCUGUGGUCCACAGCCCCCACACCCCCUGCUCACUACGACUACCUCGAAGCGCACCUGCGCUUCCUCCACGACUCCCCGCCCCUAAUCCCUCGCAUACUCCACAUCGUCAUCUUCUUGGGUCUGGCCGGCCUCGUCUCGAAACUCUAUCGCCCGUCGGAGAGCAACAUGCUCUUCGACGGCGCCUCCCUCGUCCUCUACAUGUGCGGCAUCACCAUCUACAUUGCCAACAUCGUCAAGGGGCUGCGUCUGGCCUCGGCGGGCAAGUACGGUGAGGAGCUGGCGGCCAGUCCGGAGGAGAAGGAGCAGAUCCUUAACCGCGAGGAUUCGCUUAAGGUGUUGUCUGCGAGUAAUACGAUCCUGGCGUUGGUGUUGUGGUAUGCGGAGCGGAAGGAUGCGCAGGAGUAUGAGUCGUUGAGAAAGGGGCAUAAGGAGGGUAGUGGUGCUUCUGCCUCGUCGGCGUCGGGGGCUGCUGCGGCGGCGAAGCCUGGGAGGCAGGGGAGUGUGAAGAAGAAGAGUAACUAGGUUUACGGUUUACUUUUCUGUCUCUCGGGUUCGAGUUGGUAUGACUCGGUGUAUUGCAGUAUGAUGUCUAUGUAGGGUGGUAUGUUGCUUAACCGGAGGGCUGAUGGGGCGAUGGAUGAGGUAUGGUAUCAAAAGUAUGCGGGUCAUGGCUAUAUCUACUUGGGCUAGUUCUAUGUACAUGAUAAAAAGCCAAAAAAAAAAAAAAACCAAGCACCAAAGCCUUGACAAUGUUUUCGUGAUGAUCAUAUAUAAACAUUAUGGCAAUGCAAAAGGGG